CCUUUCUUCUGAGUCACCUUUUCUCAUUUCUUCUGUACAAUGGAUCUCUCUCUUCAAUACUUUCUGCUAGUUGCAAGUCUUCUCUUGAUGCAAACGCUAUCACAUGCUGCAACCUGUAAUGACUGCUUCACUUCUUCUCGAGCAGCACACUAUCCGAAUUCUGAUGAACUUGGAACAGAUUCCGGAGCAUGUGGAUAUGGUUUGUUUGGAGCUACACUGAAUGGAGGAGAAGUAGCUGCUGCAUCUGAUCUAUACCAAAACGGUAUUGGCUGUGGUGCCUGCUACAAGGUGAGGUGCACUAACAGCAACUAUUGCUCAGACAAAGGAACAACUGUUGUUAUUACUGACCAAGGAAUGAGUCAUAACACUGGGUUUAUUCUAAGCAGACGAGCUAUUGCGGGGAUGGCUCAAACUACAGACUCAGCUGCAUCAUUACAAGCCCUUGGAAUCAUAGAUAUUGAGUACAAACGAGUUUCAUGUAGCUAUCCCAACAGAAACAUAACAAUAAAAAUUGAUGAGAAUAGCAACUACCCUCACUAUCUUGCUUUUGUCAUCUGGUAUCAGCAAGGGCAGAGAGAUAUUACUGCUGUGCAGCUGUGUGAGACUCAAAAUCAGGCAUGCAAGCUCUUGGAUAGGAGCUAUGGAGCUGUAUGGACAACAACUUCACCUCCUACUGGGCUCUUAUCACUGAGGAUGCUAUUUAGUGAUGAAAAUGGAUAUGAAACUUGGGUUGUUCCUCCUACCAACAUACCGAGUAACUGGAAAGCUGGAGAAACAUAUGAUACUGGAGUUCAAGUGAACCUGUAAUAGCUCUGUUUAUGCUUCCUUCCAUAUAUUACUUCCCUUUUAGUGCCCCACAGAGGAAACAGGUUCAAAAAAGCAAUUCAAGAAUGCAUUGAUUUUGGUUUCAAAUGAAAAUAUUAUACUACCAAUAAAAGUUCACUUUGAAUACCUUAUAUAAACUCUUAAGAUGAAAUGCC